AUGGUAUUCCCCAUUGGUUGUGAUCCAGAUUUACCUCCUUGGGUUAAUGGAGAACAUGACCAAUCCAGAUGGAGCAGCAGCAGCCUGCAGAAGCAAUGCCCUGAAGAACAAGGAGCUGCUGCUGUGAAGAACAAGGAUGAACACUCCCAGAUCAUUGAUAUAUAUAUAAGAACGAAACGGUGGCGUUCUAAUCUCAGCAGAAGGGCGAGUCCAGAACGCCGCCGUUUCCCUUGGUCUGUUCGCAAUGAAGAUAAGAGGGACGACGGCAUUUAG